ACUUUCAAAAGAAACUCGAUAAAAGAAUUGCACGUGCUACGUCACGUGGUUUCACCCGCGAAUAUUAGAAUAAGCAGGAACAAGAUAACAAUAACUAUAUGCCUUAAAGAGCUCGCUCUAGCUACUCUACGGAAUGUAGCUAAUAGCGCUUUUAAGGGGCUUAGUACGGUAGCUGAUGUUCUCGCCCUUAGCGUAAGGGUUUCAAAGACCGAUUACGGGUACACGGAAUUCGCGGCGGCGUUACAAACUGCAUUAAUCCUUUAUACGCAACUUGCUGUCGAACGCGCACAACUCUAUAACAGGAAAUCUAAAUGCCUAGAAGCUUGGAAGAAGGACUUUAUACAAAAGUGGUGGGAUUUUGCAUACAACGAAUACAUCUCCGGAAGCGGAUUCACAGAAUACGAUAGAUGUCACGGGGUCUAUCUCGGAAUCAUGGAGGUUAGGCAUCCAACCCCGCCUGCCAGGUGUUCCGGAGAUUUCGGUGAUUACGGAUCAGGCUCGCGAUGGGAUGCAUUAGUCCCGAUGAAUUGCAGCCGAUCUCGGAAUAAUGAUGUUCAGCUCUCGAAUCUGUACCGAUCGAAUAAUCCCUUUCAUGUUAAAUAG